AUUUCCGGGGAUUCCCUCAUCAAAUGAAUUUGUUUCUUUCUGAUCGAUCGGGCUAGGUAUUAAGCAUGAUAUGUUGGCUAAAUGUUAUUAGCUAAUUAUAUAAAUGGUGCUAUCCCAAAGCUGGUAAAGAGAGAAUGUCGGACACCAGUAACCUCGAUCCUGCUGUUCUAAACUCGAGGAAGGAUGAAAUUGCUCGCAGGGAACUUCAACAGAGGAGGCAUUACUUUUUACAGAAGGAACUCCAAAACAUGGCAAGGGAGCUCCCUGGAAAGUACCAGCAGCGGAUGCCAUACAACCUGUUGUCUGGUCUAGCCAAUGUCCUUCUUGAUGACACCAUGUUUGAGAUAGUCAGAAGCCUACAGGAGGUGCAGCAGCUGGAAGAGAGACACCUGUCCAGCCAGCGCAUCAAACUCGUCAAUGACCAUAAAGCUCAGCGACAUGAUCUUCAGAAGAAGCACAAGGAGAUGCUGCAGUCAUGUCAGACUAAACCACACAACCUCCCUAUAGUGGAGACUACCAUUGAACGGGAGAAAAUUACACUAGAGCGGCGCUGUGAAGAAGAGGUGAAAAAGCGGGAUAUGAAGAUUAUCCUGGAUCUGGACCAGAAGGUGAUGGAUCAGCAAGUGAUGCUGGAGCGUGCUGGAGUUCCUGGAUUCUUCGUCACCAAUAAAAGACAAGACAUUCAGCUACAGAUGUAUCUUCUGGAGUUUAUACAGAGACUCAGUCAUAUGGAUAUUCCCUCCUGACCUUUGUUAUAGAGACCAGUCACAAAGAGCUCACCUUAAACUUGAUGAUACAGAGACUCAGCCACAGAGAUCACACUGGCCCCUGUUAUAGAUACGUGGGUCAUAUAGAGGUGAUUCUUGCCUCUGCUUUUAGAGACCAGUCACAAAGGGAUAACCUUGAACUUUAUUCCACUCAGUUUCAGCGAGAUCACCAUGAAGAUCAUCAUGAAGACUCAGUCACAUAGACAAUACUCUGACAAGUGUUAUAGAGACUCAGUCAUGUAGACAUUACUCUGACAUGUGUUAUAGAGACUCAGUCACGUAGACAUUACUCUGACAUGUGUUAUAGAGACUCAGUCACGUAGACAUUACUGAUAUGUGUUAUAGAGACUCAGUCAUGUAGACAUUACUCUGAUAUGUGUUAUAGAGACUCAGUCACAUAGACAUUACUCUGACAUGUAUUAUAGACACUCAGUCAUGUAGACAUUACUCUGACAUGUAUUAUAGAGACUCAGUCACGUAGACAUUACUCUGAUAUGUGUUUAAGAGACUUGGUCAUGUAGACAUUACUCUGAUAUGUGUUAUAGAGACUCAGUCACGUAGACAUUACUCUGACAUGUAUUAUAGAGUCUCAGUCACGAAGACAUUACUCUGACAUGUGUUAUAGAGACUCAGUCACGUAGACAUUACUCUGAUAUGUGUUUAAGAGACUCAGUCACGUAGAUAUUACUCUGACAUGUGUUAUAGAGACUCAGUCACGUAGACAUUACUCUGAUAUGUGUUUAAGAGACUCAGUCAUAUAGACAUUACUCUGACAUGUGUUAUAGAGACUCAGUCACGUAGACAUUACUGAUAUGUGUUAUAGAGACUCAGUCAUGUAGACAUUACUCUGACAUGUGUUAUAGAGACUCGGUCAUGCAGACAUUACUCUGAUAUGUGUUUAAGAGACUUGGUCAUGUAGACAUUACUCUGAUAUGUGUUAUAGAGACUCAGUCAUGCAGACAUUACUCUGAUAUGUGUUAGAGAGACUCAGCCACGUAGAUAUUACUCUGACAUGUGUUAUAGAGACUCGGUCACGUAGACAUUACUCUGAUAUGUGUUAUAGAGACUCAGUCAUGUAGACAUUACUCUGACAUGUGUUAUAGAGACUCAAUCAUGUAGACAUUACUCUGACAUGUGUUAUAGAGACUCGGUCACGUAGACAUUACUCUGAUAUGUGUUAUAGAGACUCAGUCAUGCAGACAUUACUCUGAUAUGUGUUAGACAGACUCAGCCACGUAGAUAUUACUCUGACAUGUGUUAUAGAGACUCGGUCAUGCAGACAUUACUCUGAUAUGUGUUUAAGAGACUUGGUCAUGUAGACAUUACUCUGAUAUGUACAAUAGAGACUCAGUCACGUAGACAUUACUCUGAUAUGUGUUAUUGAGACUCAGUCAGCAGAUUCAGACUCAGUCAGCAGAUAUUACUCUGAUAUGUGUUAUAGAGACUCAGUCACGUAGACAUUACUCUGACAUGUGUUAUAGAGACUCGGUCACGUAGACAUUACUCUGAUAUGUGUUUAGGAGACUUGGUCAUGUAGACAUCACUCUGAUAUGUGUUUAAGAGACUUGGUCAUGUAGACAUCACUCUGAUAUGUGUUUAAGAGACGUGGUCAUGUAGACAUUACUCUGAUAUGUAUAAUAGAGACUCAGU